AGGAAUUUUCACAUGCAUACGAGUUGAGUAGGUUAGUUGUAAGUGGUGGGACUGUUGGUGUGUCUUGGGGAAGAAGGAGAUCAAUUUUGUCUUCUUUCUGAGUCAACUCUCACACUUGACCUCUUUCCCCACAGCCUCCUGAAUGAUGCCAGCCCAAUGUUCCCUAACCUCCAGUCUGGCCCUCCUGAUGCUACUGGGCACAGCUAGAGCAGGCCCCUUCUCUCCUCGGUCCAAUGUGACACUCCCAGCCCCACGUCCCCCUCCCCAGCCAGGGGGCCGCACAGUGGAGGCAGGAGGCGGAAGCCCCUCUUCUCAGCUUUAUGAGCAUACAGUAGAAGGAGGGGAAAAGCAAGUGGUAUUCACCCAUCGCAUAAACCUGCCCCCUUCUGCUGGCUGUGGCUGUCCUCCCGGAUCCGAGCCACCAGUCCCUGCUUCAGAGGUACAGGCCCUGAGGGUCCGGCUGGAGAUCCUGGAAGAGCUGGUGAAAGGACUCAAGGAGCACUGCACAGGAGGAUGUUGUCCUGCAGCUGCCCAGGCUGGCACAGGUCAGACAGAUGUGCGUAGCCUCUGCAGUCUCCAUGGAGUGUUUGACCUGAACCGCUGUGCCUGUUCCUGCGAGCCGGGCUGGAGUGGACCCACCUGCUCCGACCCCACAGAGACUGGGAUGCCUCCCUCCUCACCACCUUCAAUCUCUGGGUCUUGUCCCGACGACUGCAAUGAUCAGGGUCGCUGUGUCCGAGGUCGCUGCGUGUGCUUCCCGGGCUACAGUGGCCCCAGCUGUGGCUGGCCCUCUUGCCCCGGAGAUUGCCAAGGCCGCGGGCGUUGUGUGCAGGGCUUGUGCGUGUGUCGCGCGGGCUUCUCAGGCCCCGACUGCAGCCAGCGCUCCUGCCCUCGGAGCUGCAGCCAGAGAGGACGCUGCGAGGAUGGUCGCUGUGUGUGCGAUCCCGGCUACACUGGUGAGGACUGUGGGGUGAGGAGCUGCCCUCGUGGUUGCAGCCAGAGGGGGCGUUGUGAGAACGGACGCUGCGUGUGUAACCCAGGCUACUCUGGUGAGGACUGUGGGAUGAGGAGCUGUCCCCGGGGCUGCAGCCAGAGGGGGCGUUGUGAGAACGGACGCUGCGUCUGUGACCCGGGCUACGCUGGCGAAGACUGCGGCGUGCGAAGCUGUCCCUGGGACUGUGGCGAGGGCGGCCGCUGCGUGGACGGCCGCUGCGUGUGCUGGCCAGGGUACGCGGGCGAGGACUGCAGCACGCGGACGUGCCCGCGCGACUGCCGUGGCCGCGGACGCUGCGAGGAUGGAGAAUGCAUCUGCGACGCGGGCUACAGCGGGGACGAUUGCGGCGUGCACAGCUGCCCUGGCGACUGCAACCAAAGGGGGCGCUGCGAGGACGGCCGCUGCGUGUGCUGGCCGGGGUACACCGGGCCUGACUGCAGCGCCCGCGCCUGCCCGCGCGACUGUAGAGGCCGCGGACGCUGUGACGGCGUGUGUGUGUGCAACGCGGGCUACAGCGGUGAGGACUGUGGUGUGCGCAGCUGUCCAGGGGACUGUCGUGGCCGGGGUCGCUGCGAGAGUGGCCGCUGCGUGUGUUGGCCAGGGUACACGGGCCGGGACUGUGGCACGCGGGCCUGCCCUGGCGACUGUCGUGGACGUGGGCGCUGUGUAGAUGGCCGCUGCGUGUGCAAUUCAGGGUUCACUGGUGAGGACUGUGGGAGCCGUCGGUGCCCUGGGGACUGUCGCGGACACGGCCGCUGUGAGGAUGGCGUGUGCGUGUGCGACUCAGGCUAUUUGGGUGAGGACUGCAGCGCGCGCAGCUGCCCCGGGGCCUGCCGAGGCCGCGGCCAGUGUGUGGACGGGCGCUGCGUGUGUGACGAAGGCUACUCGGGCGAGGACUGCAGCGUGAUACGGUGUCCACACGACUGCAGCCAGCACGGCGUGUGUCAGGAUGGUGUGUGCACCUGCUGGGAGGGGUAUGCGGGCGAAGACUGCAGCAUCCGCACCUGUCCCUCCAACUGCCACGGGCGCGGCCGCUGUGAAGAUGGACGCUGCGUGUGCGACCCGGGCUACACUGGCCCCAUCUGUGCCACCCGUACCUGCCCCGCUGACUGCCGGGGUCGUGGGCGCUGUGUGCAGGGAGUGUGCGUGUGCCACGCGGGCUAUGGCGGUGAGGACUGUGGGCAAGAAGAACCUCCUGCCAGCGCCUGCCCUGGGGGCUGUGGGCCCCGUGAACUGUGCCGCGCAGGCCAGUGUGUGUGCGUUGAGGGUUUCCGAGGCCCUGACUGUGCCAUCCAGACAUGCCCUGGGGACUGUCGUGGCCGGGGAGAGUGUCGCCAAGGCAGUUGCAUCUGCCAGGACGGAUAUGCUGGGGAGGACUGUGGGGAAGAGGUGCCAGCCAUUGAAGGCAUGAGGAUGCACCUCUUGGAGGAAACAACAGUUCGGACAGAGUGGACCCGUGCUCCUGGCCCAGUGGAUGCCUAUGAAAUUCAGUUCAUCCCCACGGUAAGAGGAAUGCCAAGCUCUAGGAGCCCCCAGAAUGGGCAGCAUUCAGGGGAGGGGGGACUGGCACCUCAUGCAGGAAGUUCUUCUAAUCAGUGGUUGAGUCUAGGUGACUGGUUGCUGAAGCUGCUGUAAAAGCCUUCUUAUCCUGCCCCACACUGGACAUGAGGCCUCUACAGCAUCUCCAGCAAGCAUUGGUCCUGUGCAGUGGGGACACCUCUGGUGAUAGUGAGCUUAGUACUUCCUGAAGCUGUU